CUGCCUCUGUCAAAUAAAACAUCUCACUUUCUUUGGAUGGCAUUUUUGAGGAUAAGAAAUUGGCACAAGAGGAAAUAUGCACUCAUCUGCCUGGGCAUUGUUGGCUUCAUCAUUUACAGAUAUCUCAUGCUGCCAGCAGGGGGGCGGAUCAUGAGCAAGAAGCUGGGUCUGAGCGCCAACUCGUCCCAGCUCACCCUGGAGGGAGAGCCCUUCCGCAUCAUCGGGGGAUCCAUCCACUAUUUCCGGGUGCCCAGGGCCUACUGGAGGGACCGGCUGAUGAAGAUGAAGGCUUGUGGCCUCAACACUCUCACUACGUAUGUGCCGUGGAGUCUGCACCAGCCAGAGAGAGGGGUGUUCACCUUCCACACACAGCUGGAUUUAGAAGCCUAUAUUAACCUCGCUGCUGAACUGGGACUGUGGGUGAUUUUACGUCCAGGGCCCUACAUUUCCUCUGAGCUGGAUCUAGGAGGGCUGCCAAGCUGGCUCCUCCGUGAUGGCAGCAUGAAACUCAGAACCACUGCCCCAGGCUUCACUGAUGCUGUCAAUACUUACUUUGACAAACUCAUACCAAAAGUGGUUCCACUGCAGUUCAAGAAGGGAGGUCCAAUCAUUGCAGUGCAGGUGGAAAACGAGUAUGGUUCAUAUGCAAAGGACGAAAGUUACAUGCUGUUUAUUAAAGAGGCUUUACAGACCAGAGGGAUCAGCGAGCUCUUGCUCACAUCAGACAACCACAACACAUUAAAGUGUGGAGGUGUGGAUGGAGCCAUCAGAUCAGUGAAGCUGCAGAAGCUUAAUCAGAGAGAUAUCCAGGAUCUGAACUCUAUCCAGCCUAACAGCCCCAUGAUGGUGAUGGACUACUGGACUGGUGGAUAUGAUGUGUGGGGGGACCUCCACCAUGUGCUUCCUCUAGAGGAUAUGGUUUCCACUGUGAGAGAAAUUCUGAGGCAAGGCAUGUCUGUGAAUCUCUACAUGUUCCACGGAGGCUCCAGUUUUGGCUUCAUGAGCGGAGCACUGGCUGAUCCUUCCUACAAAGCUUUGGUCCCCAGCUACGAUUAUGACGCUCCCUUGUCUGAAGCUGGGGAGUACACUCCAAAAUACCAUCUCCUCAGGGAUCUACUUUCCAGAUACAACAGAGGAGAUAGUUUACCUGACAUGACAGCCCUGCAUUACAGGGAGGCUUAUGAACCAGCCAUCAUGUACCAGCACCUGUCAUUAUGGGAUGCUUUGAGCUUCACUGAGGGACCAUUUAAAUCACCCAAACCAGUGAGCAUGGAGAAUCUACCUGUGAACAAUGGGAACGGACAGUCCUACGGAUACACGCUGUAUGAAACUACCAUCACCAGCGGAGGGUUGUUGAAAUCUGGGGAUAACGUCCGAGACCGAGCGCUAGUGUUCGUAGACAGAAGCUACAUCGGCCUUUUCAAGCGCCAGAACCUGGAGCUUGCAGUUCCUGGUGGUAAGGGACGACGCACCUUAAGUUUGCUGGUGGAGAACUGUGGAAGAGUCCAUCAGGGAAGGGACCUUGACAAACAACAUAAAGGCCUUGUGGGAGAUUUAUUAAACAACAUCCCCUUGCGGGAUUUUACAAUUUACAGCCUGGAUAUGAAACCUGGCUUUAUUGAUAGUCUCUAUCAGGCACCUUGGAAAUCCCUCCCUGAAACUCCUAGCUUCCCUGGAUUUUUCAUGGGAAGGCUGUUUGCAUACGGGUAUCCGAGUGACACGUUUGUGAAGUUGCCAGCUUGGGAGAAAGGCGCGGUGUUUAUCAACGGUAUUAAUCUGGGCCGCUACUGGUCGAUUGGCCCCCAGCAGGCUCUCUACCUCCCCGGCCCCUUUAUCAAUAGUGGAAUCAACCAGGUCAUAGUGUUUGAAGAGCAGGAGGGUGACUUUAAGGUCCUCUUUGAUGAUACACCUGAUCUUGGAAUGGCAGCAGAAAUCCAGUGAAUGUUCUUUUUAGAUCAGCUUGAAAUUUGCAAUUCAGAACUAUUGUUUUUUUUGUUUAUGUGCACAUAUGUAAAGAGUGGGGUGUUCAAGUGGGAGUAUUGUGUAGCUAUGUACAUAGAAUAAUUUUAGUGUAAGUGGUUUUUAACACAGAGAAGAAGUAUAUUCUCUUGCCAACGGCAACUCUUUUUAGAAUUGUUUAAAAGAGUAAUACGUU